CGCACGCUGUGACGUCCGCAUGCCGGUAUGAGUCAAGACACAAUACGAGGAAAUCCCCAAGGCUGAGAAAAGGACGCGAGGCCCCUUUAAAUUGACGCUUCCUCGGUGUUGUGCCAAGAGAGAGAGGGAGAGGGAGAGAGAGGGAGAGAGGGAGCUCUGAUAAACAACAACACUUUCUCAGAAGCCGCUAUUACCGGAUUCAGCUCUUUACUGCGGCCUCGGUGAAGAAGAGGCUGCGAGGACUUUCUCUCUGUUAUUUCCAACAUUUAGUCGUGUGUUGUUCAUACAUUCAUUGUUGAAUGCCAUUGCGGAAGUGAGCAGCCUUUUCGACACGACACAAAGCUUGGGCUGUGCGGACACCUAGCGGCCAAUCAGGAGAAGGCGCCUUCUAUAGACAUGUACGGAGCUUCAGGUAUCCCAGAGCUCAUCCCGCCCAGCGGGCCUCCACGGCAGCCGGGUCCGGCAGGGCAGUACAACCCGGGACACCCACAGGUCAGUGGAGACGGCGGCGGGGCCAACCCUCAGAGACUCGGACAGAGGGCACCCAAGCUGGGACAGAUUGGCCGAACCAAGAAAGUGGACUUGGAUGAUGAAGACUUGGAUGACAUCAUGAACAACAACGGCCAGUGUCCUGUAUCCCUGUCGCCCAUCUCCUAAACUUCACCAAGAUGUGCCAUUAAAAAAAAUCCCCCAGGACGCCAAAACUCCCCGUCAGUGAUCUUGGCCUUGAUCCUGUCUUGUGUUCUACUGAAGCUUCUGACGGCUCAAACAGGCACAAAAAAACGGCUCAUUUAGCGGCAGCUGAAGCCUAGGCCCUGAUUGUACAUAGUGUUUAUUUAACUUACCUUUGGUCAGACUGUGAAUGAAUUGUAUUGCGCUCUCUACUCUAUACCUCGGUAGGCAGUAGAUUAUCAGGACUUGAGAAAGAUUUGGAGGAAGUGUCUAUAUUUUCCAGAGCUUCUUAUCAAGGGCUACAUUACUGAAGUUGCACUGAGCAAAUGGUUCGAUGAAAAGCAGCCUCUCACCGGCUUGUUUUCCUGGUGAGGGUUCCUGAUUGUCUGUGGGUUGGUUGUGUGAGGGAACACACGCCUGUAAAUGUGUAACACACAGGUGAAAUGUUAAGCUUUGGUCGUGCAAUGACUAUCACUCUCUACUCUCACACUGAUGCAAGUGGUGUACUAAUAUCCAGUGGAUGAAAGCUCGCUAUUUACAGAAAAAAACUACUGCUAAUUAUUUAUUGUUUCAAAAAAAUGAGAAGAAACACUUUGUGUUGUUAUGGCUUCUACAUGUUUUUUACUUGUUUCUGAAUGGAAAUUGCUUCGGUCAUCUAUAACUGAGAUUUAUUAUGUUUCCAAAUGGUGCACUUUGUGGGAAUGCCUGUUAUGUGCAGUGACAUGUUGCAGAAUUCUAUGCAUGGAGUCUGUUCAAGCAUCAAAACACGUAACUGGUUUUCUGUUAUUAAGGGCUAUGUAGUAGUAUUUCAAACCACGCUACCGUUAUGCUCUUUAGAUCAUGCAGAGUCAACAUUUCCCUAAGCUCGUUGUUGGCUUGUGCUGCGGACUCAGCAGUAAUAUCUCGUAAACAACAACAGAGUUAUGGGGCUUUUGUUAGUUUUCAAAGGCGGGGUCUCCCAGUUGGCCACACAACUGUGAUAAAAGACAUGAUUCUUUUAAAUCAAUUGCCAAAUGAUACUUGACGCUAUAUCAGACUGAGAAUUGGCACACAGACACGUCAUAAUAAUCAGCACUUUCUUUGUCUAAAUAUUUACAGCAGUAACCUGCUUGUUAAGCUACACCCAGAUUGCAUCAUAGUCUUUCAGCUUUCAGGUGAACUAUUUAAAGAUAAUGACAACGUUUACCUUACAAUUACAUGAUGAGAUCAUGAAAACAAGUCACUCUAUGAUUGGCUGUCAAUGCUGAGACAACAUUAAUUUUUUUUUUUGGAGGGGAGGGGGGGUUAUUUGGGUUUUUUUGAAGAUUGCAGUGGACCUUGAAAUGACAUGCUAUUGCCCGUAGAGGCUCAUGCUGAUGUCACGUUACUUAGUCAGCUGUGAAAUUGUUACUAGUUCACUUUUUUUUUUUUUUUUUGCGUCAUGGAAGCACUGCAUUUCACAGCUCUGACUCAAAAAUUGUUGUUCAGGGUUGUGGCUACCAUUUGCAUGGAAAUGGUCUACUUUUCAUGAUGCAUCUCGGGAAAUAAAAAGAUAUAUCUUUGUGGAA